AAGGCCUCCGAGGAGGUGGACGGUCUUUUUGAGUUGCCACGCGCCUUGCUGGGUGUUUGGGUACUGCCGAAUGCGGAGCUUCACUAUUGGCUCGGCAUUGGUACGACAGAUCGACUCAAGGGAAAAAAGUGCUUCUACGUUUACAAACCAAACCGUUUGAGCCAGGUCCGACCACGGCAAAUCCGACAGACAAGGAAUACAUGGGCGAGACGACGACACAUUGCCAAAUAUUAUGCCGAUCUUUCGCAGGAGGUCGGCAGCCAGGCGCAUAAAGCGGAACUGCAGAAAGCAAAAGCAAUCUUCGAUGGCAAAACAUUUCCUUUCGAGGAUGACAGUUGCAUAUCUUCAUCUCAAUCAACAGAUUCAAUUUGCCCAGAAGUGAAUACGACGCAUCAAAAACAAAUGUACAACACAAGUGUUGGCGGACCUGUGAGGACAUAA